AUGGGUAUGCCAGGUCCUCAAGGUCCUCCAGGUGCGCAAGGUAUACGAGGAUUUCCGGGUCCUGAAGGCCUUCCAGGACCUAAGGGUCAGAAAGGUUCACAAGGUCCACCAGGACCGCCAGGAAUUAAGGGUGAUCGAGGAUUGAUUGGUGUUCCCGGUUUCCCAGGGAAUGAUGGAGCAAAUGGACGACCAGGAGAACCGGGUCCACCAGGUGCACCUGGUUGGGAUGGUUGCAACGGAACCGAUGGUGCUCCCGGAAUCCCAGGUUUGCCUGGACCACCCGGUAUGCCCGGUUUUCCAGGUACGCCAGGUAUUCCAGGACCUAAAGGUGAACCAGCUAUCGGAUAUGGUGGAGCUCCCGGAGAAAAAGGUGAUGCAGGAAUGUCAGGAAUGCCAGGCUUACCAGGACCACCUGGACGUGAUGGAUUCCCCGGAAUGAAGGGCGAUCGUGGUGAUAUUGGUCCAUCUGGACCACGAGGCCCACCCGGUGAAAUCGGCGUACCGGGAAAUCCCGGUAUCGGAAGUAUAGGACCGAAAGGAGAACCUGGAGAUAUUGGUCAGCCAGGACCAACAGGUCCGCCUGGACCGCGGGAAUUCACUGGUUCAGGUUCUAUCAUAGGGCCACGUGGUACACCAGGAGAAAAAGGUGUAAAGGGCGAUCAAGGACCUCGCGGUCUACCAGGUCUUCCAGGUCCGGUGCCAUCAACUGGUGCUAAGGGUACAAUCAUUGGUCCGCAGGGUUCCCCAGGAAUGAAGGGAGAGAAGGGUGAGCCUGGAGAACCCGGAGCACGUGGGUAUCCGGGAAAUUCUGGUGCGCCAGGACAACCGGGUUUCCCCGGAAUGAAAGGUGAAAAGGGAUUGUCUGGACCCGCGGGACCACGAGGAAAAGAAGGACGAUCUGGUUUGCCGGGUCCACCAGGUUUCAAAGGCGAUCGUGGUUUAGAUGGUUUACCGGGUGUACCUGGUUUACCUGGUCAGAAGGGUGAGCCAGGAUUUCCAGGUCGAGAUGGAUUAAAAGGAGCUCGAGGUCCACCAGGACCACCAGGAGGCGGUGAUUUCACGGACGGACCACCAGGACCACCCGGACUACCCGGACGAGAAGGACAACCUGGCCCACCAGGAGUUGAUGGUUAUCCUGGACCACCUGGACCACCGGGUCCUCAAGGACCACCAGGUGGACCCGGACUUCCAGGUUUGCCUGGUUUAGAAGGAUUCCCAGGACCGAAAGGAGUAAAAGGUGACGAUGGUAUCCCAGGUGCACCUGGUGUACCUGGAUCACCCGGACUGCCCGGACCACGAGGGCCUAAAGGAGAGCCAGGACCACGUGGUGCUGAUGGAAAAAGCAUUCCCGGUUUACCAGGUAAAGAUGGUAGACCUGGUUUGGAUGGUCUGCCCGGAAGGAAAGGAGAAAUGGGAUUACCAGGUGUUCGAGGUCCUCCUGGUGAUUCACUAAAUGGACUUCCUGGUCCGCCAGGAUUACGAGGACCACAAGGACCCAAAGGCUACGAUGGACGAGACGGUGCACCAGGUUUACCUGGUUUACCUGGACAAAAGGGUGAUCGGGGUGGAUCGUGUUCUGCUUGCAUUCCUGGAAUGAAAGGAGAAAAAGGUUCUGAUGGUUAUCCAGGCUUGCCAGGACCACAAGGCGAAAGGGGAUUACCAGGAGUGCCAGGUGCACAAGGACCUCCUGGAGAUGACGGUAUGCCUGGUGCACCAGGAAGGCCUGGUUCACCAGGACCACCUGGAAAAGACGGCAUUCCUGGUCUGCCAGGACAGAAAGGUGAACCGACACAUAUGGUACUUCGACCAGGACCACCAGGAUAUCCAGGUCAUAAAGGUGAAGCUGGCUUACCAGGUUUGCCUGGACAAAUUGGAUUACCAGGAAAAUCUGGCUCACCUGGUUUGCCAGGAUUACCUGGAAUACCAGGACCAAAGGGCGAGUCGGGUUUCCCAGGAUUGACAGGAAAACCUGGUAAAGAUGGACUUCCAGGUCUCCCUGGAAUGAAAGGAGCUCCAGGUUACGGUGCGCCAGGAUUGCCAGGUCUUCCAGGUCAGAAAGGUGAAGCAGGUAUUCCUGGCCUACCAGGAGCUCAGGGACCUGUUGGACCAAUGGGACCACCUGUAGCUGAAAGCCAACUUAAACCAGGACCACCAGGAAAAGACGGACUACCGGGGUUACCAGGCCCGAAAGGCGAUGCAGGUUAUCCUGGUGCGCCGGGAAAAGAAGGCGUUCCAGGGCUUCCAGGUUUGCCAGGACCAAAAGGCAAUGAAGGUUUACCAGGGCCACCAGGUAUCGUCGGUCUACCUGGAUUGCCUGGUCCAAAAGGAAAUGCUGGAAAAACCGGCUUGCCUGGUUUGCAAGGUCAAAAGGGUGAAGCGGGGUAUCCAGGAUCUCCAGGAUUGCCGGGAGUUAAAGGAGAACCAGGACUGUCAAUGACGGGGCCACCAGGUCCUCCCGGAUUUCCCGGACUAAAAGGAAACGACGGUUUACCAGGAGCAUCAGGACUGCCAGGUCCUGAAGGACCACGCGGUUUGCCAGGUAUACCAGGCUUGAAAGGAGAUGCUGGUCUUCCAGGUCCACCUGGAAUUGUGGGUCUGCCCGGUCAAAAAGGCGAUACGGGAUUUUCGGGACUUCCAGGGGCAGAAGGUCCACCUGGUCCGCCUGGUAUAACAGGAGCGCCAGGUUUUCCAGGACAAAAAGGUGAAGAUGGAUUACCAGGUUUGCCAGGUGUUGCUGGAUUGAAAGGUGAAGCGGGACUUCCUGGAGCUCCUGGUCUUCCGGGAGCAACCGGACAACCAGGGUUUCCAGGACAGAAAGGACAAGCAGGGCUUCCAGGAAUACCAGGUGCCAAGGGCGAGGCAGGGUUACCAGGUCUACCAGGACCUUCUGGAGCUAAAGGUGAACGAGGAUUGGCCGGUUUGCCUGGUCUGCCAGGAAUGAAAGGCGCAUCAGGCUAUCCUGGUUUGCCUGGUAAAGAUGGUGCCCCUGGUAUUCCCGGCGCAAAAGGAGAACGUGGUUUUAAUGGACUUCCAGGUGAAAAGGGCGAACCUGGACCCGCUGCAAGAGAUGGAGCAAAGGGUGAGGCAGGUUUGCCUGGCGCACCAGGUUUACGAGGACCUCAAGGACCACCUGGAUUACCAGGAUUGCCAGGUGCAAAAGGUGAUGCCGGAAAACCAGGUUUCGGUGCACCCGGCCUACCGGGAGAAAAAGGUAUUCCAGGUCUACCUGGCAAACAAGGAAGACAAGGAGCACCUGGACAAAAAGGACUUGAUGGUGCGCCAGGAUUUCCAGGACUUAAGGGCGACGCAGGUCUUCCUGGAGUACCAGGAGUUCCUGGGCAAGAUGGAUUACCUGGUCUCCCAGGGCAAAAAGGUGAUGCAGGUUUUCCGGGUCAAGCUGGACUUCCCGGAGCGCCCGGUUUGCCGGGAAAAAUGGGUGUACCUGGCAUCCGGGGUGAUAAAGGAAGCCCAGGUAUACCUGGAGCUCAUGGUGACCGUGGUCUGGAUGGUAUUCCAGGACAAAAGGGAGAACCUGGAUUCCCAGGAUUACAAGGCCCUAUGGGUCCGCCUGGUGUAAAAGGUAAUGCAGGUCCACCUGGUUACCCAGGAAUAAAGGGAUUGCCAGGGUUCCCUGGAAAAGAUGGGCUACCGGGUUUCCCAGGAGUCAAAGGUGAUGCUGGAAUACAAGGAAGACCUGGAAAAGAUGGAUUUCCUGGAAUACCUGGACAGAAAGGUGAAGCUGGAGCUUCAAUUACUGGGCCAAAAGGUAUUGCUGGAGCACCAGGCUCUCCCGGUAAAGAUGGUCUUCCUGGAUUACCGGGAGCAAAAGGUGAACCAGGACUACCAGGAUAUGCUGGAGUGCCAGGUGUGAAGGGAGAUGCUGGACUACCUGGAAUACCAGGAGCUAAAGGAGAACCAGGAUUACCCGGACUACCGGGUUUGCGUGGUAAAGAUGGACUUCCUGGAGCACCUGGCAGCGCUGGAUUACGGGGCGCACCAGGUGCAAAAGGUGAUACCGGACCAACUGGUCUUCCGGGUACACCAGGUCUUCCAGGUUUGCCGGGAUUGAAAGGAGAGCCAGGUAUUCCUGGAUUCCCAGGGCCAAAAGGCGAAGCAGGUUUACCAGGACAACCGGGACUACCAGGACUACCGGGUAUAAAAGGUGACUGUGGUAUUCCUGGAACACCAGGUAGAGAUGGUGCACCAGGCAAGAUUGGCGAACCAGGACCAAUGGGCCCUCCAGGAGCUGAACCAUUAACAUUGCGUGGUGAGAAAGGUGACCAUGGACCAAUGGGUUUACCAGGCAUCCGAGGUGAGAAAGGACUACCUGGUCUGGAUGGUUUGCCAGGACCAAGCGGACCGCCAGGACCACCAGGAUUAAAAGGAGCAGAUGGUUUCCCAGGACAACCUGGCUUACCUGGUGAAAAAGGUGCGGCUGGUUUACCGGGUUUUCCAGGUGUAGAAGGUACACCAGGACCACCAGGACUUCCAGGACCAAGUGGACCACCAGGCUCACCAGGACCAGCAUAUAGGGAUGGAUUUUUACUCGUCAAACAUAGUCAAACAACUGAAGUACCUCAAUGUCCAUUGGGACAGCAGAAACUGUGGGAUGGCUAUUCUCUACUGUACAUCGAGGGCAAUGAAAAAUCACAUAAUCAAGAUCUUGGUCAUGCGGGUUCAUGUUUGACGAGAUGUGCUGUAUGUGAAGCACCAGCGAAUGUUAUUGCAGUUCACUCUCAAACCAUCCAAAUACCAAACUGUCCAAAUGGAUGGAGCUCACUUUGGAUUGGUUAUUCAUUUGCUAUGCAUACCGGUGCGGGAGCAGAAGGUGGUGGUCAAUCUUUAAGCUCACCUGGCUCAUGUCUUGAAGAUUUUCGAGCAACACCUUUUAUUGAAUGUAACGGUGCUCGCGGUAGCUGCCAUUAUUUUGCUAACAAAUUCAGUUUUUGGCUUACAACAAUUGAAGAUGAUCAACAAUUUAGGAUCCCAGAAAGUGAAACAUUAAAAUCGGGAAGUUUACGAACACGGGUCUCCCGGUGUCAAGUAUGCAUAAAAGCUACAGAUUCAAGCCGAUAUCCAUACAAGCAGUAA